UCCGCCUCCGCUCCCCUUUCCUGUCGCCGCUCUGACGACACCCUGCUGCGCCUCCCUCUCCCCCACUUCACUCUCCACCCACCAGCGCCGUCCCUCCAAAACCCUAGCCGGGGAGCUCGGCCGGCCGCGGGGAGGUCGCGCGGAGGAGCUCCACCCUCGCGCCGCCGCCUGCCGCGCGUCGCCAUUCCUCGGUACUCUCCCUUGACAGGAAACCAGUGGUCACCCAGUCAACCAGUCAAAAUGCAGUUCCAGUCUGGCAACUGUGCCAAAACGUUGGCAAAAGUAGAUGGAUCUGGUGCAAAAGAUUUUUCAGUCGACCGAAGCACAUUUGGUUUUCCACAAGAUGCUAAUCAGGAAUAUUUUAACCGGGCUUGCCAGUACAGUUAUCCAGUUUCAACGCAAGGCUUUCAAGAUAAAGGAUUUGUACCAAGCGUUCCAGAUUUUGUUCUGAAUAAUGCUUCUGCUGCACUCAGGGAAUAUCAACAAUUUGACCACUUUUUCAGACCACUUCAGCCUCUAGCACCGGAUGGAAACCAGGUGCAAAAUAUUGGCAUAAAUACCGCACAUCGCAGUAGACCUUCUAAUGCAUCCUCCUGCCUUGAUCAUGUAGAAGAAAUAACUUCUCAUGACACGGACGGUUAUGACGACAGAGCUAUCUCAUUUGGGAGUAGCUGCAGCACAGGAAUUGCGUGUUAUCCAUAUAGCAGCCCUAUGCAAAGCGAUGACUGCAUUGCAGACACGCAGGAUGGGACCUGGGCUGCUCUUAUGCAAAUGCAACAGGCUUUGGAGGCGGCUAAUGAAGAGUGCAGUGACUUGACUUUCAAUAACACAGAACUUUCAGGUGGGAAUACCAUGCAGCAUCAAAUUGUUUGGGACAAUGGCUGUUUAGCAAGUCCGUCUUUCACCUCAAACUUUUUACCCUUCCCUGGAGAGGCUGAAACCACGGUCACAAAUACCAGCGCUAUGUAUAACUUACAUAACUCUGCUGAUCUCCUGUAUGAUAAUGAUCAAGACAUAUCAUCUUUUGAGCUCAAAGUGAAUGAACAGAAAGAAGCAACCACAAGCCAUGUUUGUGAACAUCGAGGUGAAAUGCAUUCUGCUGAACAGGGGGGAUAUCCUGGCCACGACGAAUCUUUUGAUUUGACAAUAAGCCAGGACAGACAGUUCAGUUCAUUUGUUAAUGGUGCAGAUGGAUCUGUAGAUAGUGAAAUGAACCUUUAUGAUUGUGAAGAGCAAAUGGAAAUUGAUUCACUCCUAAAUUCAUUUGGAGCAUCAAGUGAUACCUUUGCACAGACAUAUGAAAUGUUACAGAAAGGUGAAAAUAUUGUUGACCUUGAAAAAAAGGCUAAAUUAGCGGAAAGCAUUUCUGCUACAUUCAUCACUAAUACUGUCCCAUAUAUUACACAAGCUGGGGCGACUGAGUCAACUGUCUCUGAUGGAUCUUCUUGGACUCAACAAUAUCAAUCUACUUCCCAGUCAUGUGGUUUAUCUUAUUCUUCAGCUUCUCAAUGGGAAACCAUGCCAGGUACUAUUUUUCCUUUAGGGGAUUGUCAAAAUGAUGUUAGUGAGUCCAAUUCAAUGACUAGCCUGGGGACAAAUGGCGAUCUCCUGUUAUCUUUUGGCCAUACUUCAAUGCAGCAGCAGCAACAGAGUGUAUCUAGUGAUACUAAUUUGGAAUUGAUUGACAAUUUUGCUAACCCUUAUCAAGAGUUUGUGACAGGCGUGGAUGGUCAAAGGAGCCACCUAUACCGCGACGAAGCACUGGCAACCCAAGGUGUAUGGGCGGCACAUCCUGGUACGAUGGUACACUCUUCAACUGAUACUGGAUAUUCAGAUGUACAGCCGCCCAUGACACAGACUACUACUGUUCCGCUGCCUGCUCCGAGCUUGUCCAAGGGCCCCAACUCAUUAUUUACUGGAACAGAGCUUAACAAGGUUGACCUACAUGAUACAGGUAUGCAGAUGCCUUUGACACAGACUACUGUUCAGCUGCCUGCUCCGUGCUUGUCCAAGGACCCCAACUCAUCAUUUAUUGGAGCAGAGGUUCAGAAGGUUGACCAAAAUCAUUCAGAUACGGAGCUUCCCUUGACACAGACUAGUCAUGUUCAGCUGCCUGCUAUGAACUUGUCCGAGUACCCGACCUCGUCAUUUGUUGGAGGAACAAAGCUUAAAAAAGUUGACAAACAUGAUUCAUAUAUGCAGCUUCCCAUGACACAUGCUAGUCAUGUUCCGCUGCCUGCUACGAGCUUAUCCGAGGAUCCGAAAUCAUCAUUUAUUGGAGGAACAGAGCUUAAGGAAGUUGACAAACAUGAUUCAGACAUGCAGCUUCCCAGGAUACAGGCUAGUCAUGUUCCGCUGCCUGCUGUGAGCUUGUCCGAGGAACCGAACUCAUCCUUUAUUGGAGGCACAGAGCUUAAGGAAGUUCGUAAACAUGAUUCAGAUAUGCCGCUUCCCAUGACACGGGCUAGUCAUGUUCCGCUGCCUGCUGUGAGCUUAUCUGAGGACACGAAAUCAUCAUUUAUCGCAGGAGCAGAGCUUAAGGAAGUUGACAAACAUGAUUCAGAUACGCCGCUUCCCAUGGCACAGGCUAGUCAUGUUCCGCUGCCUACCAUGAGCUUACCUGAGGACACGAAAUCGUCAUUUAUUGGAGGAACAGAGCUUAAGGAAGUUGACAGACAUGAUUCAGAUAUGCAGCAUCCCAUGACACCGGCUAGUCAUGUUCUGCUGCCUGCUGUGAGCAUGUCCAUGGAUCCAGAAUCAUCAUUUACUGGAGGUACAGAACUUAAGGAAGUUGGCAAACAUGAUUCAGAUAUGCAGCUUCCCAUGACGCAGACUGUUCAUGUUCAGCUGCCUACUCCGAGCUUGUCCAAGGACUCCGAGUCGUCGUUUGUUGGAGGUACAGAGCUUAAGGAAGUCGACAAACAUGAUUCAGAUAUGCAGCCUCCCAUGACGCAGGCUAGUCAUGUUCUGCUGCCUGCUGUGAGCUUGUCCGAGGACCCGAACUCAUCCUUUAUUGGAGGUACAGAACUUAAGGAAGUCGGCAAACAUGAUUCAGAUAUUCAGCUUCCCAUGACACAGACUGUUUGUGUUCAGCUGCCUGCUAUGAACUUAUCCGAGGAUACGAAAUCAUCAUUUAUCAAAGGAACAGAGCUUAAGGAAGUUGGCAAACAUGAUUCAGAUAUACCGCUUCCCGUGGCACAGGCUAGUGAUGUUCCCCUGCCUACCAUGAGCUUACCCGAGGACACGAAAUCAUCAUUUAUUGGAGGAACAGAACUUAAGGAAGUUGACAAACAUGAUUCAGAUAUGCAGCCUCCCAUAACACUGGCUAGUCAUGUUCCACUGCCUGCUGUGAGCUUGUCCGAGGACCCAAAAUCAUCAUUUUCUGGAGGUACAGUGCUUAAGGAAGUGGGCAAACAUGAUUCAGAUAUGCAGCUUCACAUGACGCAGACUGUUCGUGUUCAGCUGCAUGCUCCGAGCUUGUCCAAGGACUCUGAGUCGUCAUUUGUUGGAGGAACAGAGCUUAAGGAAGUCGACAAACAUGAUUCAGAUAUGCAGCCUCCCAUAGCGCAGGCUAGUCAUGUUCCGUUGCCUGCUGUGAGCUUGUCCAAGGACCCGACCUCAUCCUUUAUUGGAGGUACAGUGCUUAAGGAAGUUGGCAAACAUGAUUCAGAUAUUCAGCUUCCCAUGACACAGACUGUUCGUGUUCAGCUGCCUGCUAUGAGCUUAUCCGAGGAUCCGAAAUCAUCAUUUAUCAGAGGAACAGAGCUUAAAGAAGUUGACAAACAUGAUUCAGAUAUACCGCUUCCCAUGGCACAUGCUAGUCAUGUUCCGCUGCCUACCGUGAGCUUACCCGAGGACAUGAAAUCGUCGUCUAUUGGAGGAACCGAGCUUAAGGAAGUUGACAAACACGAUUCAGAUAUGCAGCCUCCCAUAACACCGGCUAUUCAUGUUCCGCUGCCUGCUGUGAGCUUGUCCGAGGACCCGAAAUCAUCAUUUACUGGAGGUACAGAGCUUAAGGAAGUUGGCAAACAUGAUUCAGAUAUGCAGCUUCCCAUGACGCAGACUGUUCGUGUUCAGCUGCCUGCUCUGAGCUUGUCCAAGGACCCCGACUCGGCAUUUGUCGGAAGAACAGAGCUUAAGAAGGUUGGACAACUUGAUUAUAGCCACGUUGGAUUUCCUCAGGAAAGUAUCCUGCUCUCAGCAAGCAAACCUUCACACCCAAGCGGUUUGCCAGUUAUGAAGUUUGAUGACGAGGUGGGUUCACGGUCUAAGAAGCGGAAAAGGUCAACAGCAGAUGUUUUAGCAUCGCAUGCACAAGCCAUGUUCGAGGGUGGGAGACUGCAAUGUAGAAGGACACCUGAGUUGGCUUGGGCCGAUUCCACAUUGACUGAGAAGGUUGACGGUGAAAAAGCAAUGACGGAAAAUAGCACCUUCGUUUCUCGAGCUCGGAGAAGACUUACUUUAACGACCAGCUUGAUUCAGUGUCUCCUUCCUGCUCUGUCAGUGAGACUUCUUGCAGCAAAAGUUGCUGAUUGCGGUGAAGCCAUUGUGUACCACAUUUGUAAACUGAUGCUCAGUGAUAUAUCUGACCCAGUUCAACCUUUUGCCAGCGACACCAAUAACUUCAUGCAAAGUGAAAACAUGCCACCGAACGAGACAAGCACCUCCGGAAAGGAGGAGGACUGUAAACUCUUAUCUGAGGUUCUGGAAACCUUCGAUGCGAGGCUUGGCGGGCUACAAGGCUCCUUGUCAAGAGUCGAGAAGUUGCCCAGCUUCCAGGACUACGCGUCGGCGCUACACCAAAUCGAGCAGUGGGCCAUGACCCAUCAGUUCAUAAAGCUGAACGAAUACAAGAGACUGCACGCCGGCUACGGCUCUGGUCCUAAAAGGCCUCUCUGCGUCGGAGCCAUCCGGAAGCAUGCCGGAGGUUCUUCCGCUCCGGUCUCAGAGCUGAAAAGGGUCCGGUGUCGCUCACUGAAGUAGCCGCCCGCUCGCUCGCUGGCUCGCCCCUAAGUAAAAAAGUAGAGUUGCUCGGUCGGUGACUUGAGGAGUAAUGCGUGGUCAUACUGAUGCGGUAGUGAGGAGUUAGGAGGGUGUUACAUAGGAGUUUAACUUCGUGUGAAGUAGCGUAUUUUGGGAUGGGGUGCAGGGACGGAACGUGUUGUGUCGAUGCCCUUUUGCACACAGGGCAAGAAUGUGCUUUGGAACUGAGACAGUGUCCGGGACCCUGUGCACCGCCUUCUCCGGCGGUGCCAGAUGACGCGCCGAUGGCUGUCGUCGCCGGGGAAAACGGCCCGGCUGUGGCGGGGUUUCCGUGGGUUGAGCUAGUGUGAGUGUUGGAUGGGCGGGGUGUCGAGGGAGGAAGAGGCCUUCCCAGCUGCUGCUGCUCCCUGUUGUUGCGUUGUAAUCACACUGACUUGACAAGAAAAGGUGAUGGGCUUCCAACUGCACGUCAGCAUUAACGCAA